CAGGUGGGAUCACAUUUCUUCCUCAUUCAUGGAAACCUGUUGCGGUGGUUGCGUAGUUUAACAGUGAAUUAUUCAAGGCUUGGCUGCUCACAGUCAUCCAACCACUUUGACUUUAACCUGCACCUUUAUUUAUUUCCUCUUGUCUUGGUUGGACUUCUUGUCCAUCAAACUUUCGUCUAAACUAACUCCCUGUCGUCGUGUGAAGAAGGAAACACCAGGGCUAUAGGACCAUAAGGACGGUGUGCUGAACAUGUUGACCUCUCCUUGGACCGAUAAUGUGGACACUGUUGUUUCUUCUCUACCUGGGGACUCUGGACUUCACAGUGUCCUCCUCUCCUCCCAGCCCCGUUAACGUCGUCUUCUCCUCAGUGAAUCUCAGGAAUGUUCUGCACUGGUCUCCAGGAAACAGCACAUCAGAGGACACACUCUUCACAGUGCAGUAUGCCAUCUACGGGGACAGCGUGGAGGGAAGUAAAGGAAGACGGGUGAACUGGAGGGGUGUGUGGCAGUGUACGGACAUAGCGCGGAGCUGGUGUGACCUGAGCAAUGAGACGUGGGAUCAGGAGCAAGGAUACUACGCCAGAGUCCGAGUUGUGGGCAGGAGAGCAUCUUCCAAAUGGACCAUGACCCUGAGGAGAUUUGAUCCAAAGUUGGACACUAGUCUGGGUCCUCCGAUGGUUUCUGUGGAAACAGAGGGCAAUAACGCCAUCAUCGCUCUGAAAGGACCAAUGAGAUAUCAACCUAACAACCACACACCAGUGAUUUCCAUGGCAACAAUAUACCCCCACAUGACUUACAACCUCUCCAUCCGCAAUGGCCAUCACGGCCAGACACAUUAUUUCCCAGUGCUGUCUCGUCUGUUCAAACAUCAAGUGAAGCACCAAACGGAGUACUGCUUCUCUGCCAAGACAAGAUUGGUCUCCAUACCGAUGCAGUGCGAGUCCUCGGCCUGGCACUGCAUCACCACGCCUCCAGACCCCGUGACUUUCCAUCUGCUGAGCCUGGUUUGGGGUAUCGCUGUUCCAUCUCUGUGCCUUUGUGCGCUAAUGGUGGUUGGUUACUUCCUUCAUAACUACCUGAUGGGGAAAGGACAGAAGAAACCAAAUACACUGAACACAUCAUCUUUUCACCCUCGCCCACUGAUUUUACCUCCUGAGAAUGCCAACUUCAUUAUCAUCAGUGUCAUCAAAUAUGAGUCAGACAUGGACAGCGCCAUAUCAGAUCUUGCAUGCCACAAGAAAAAGAUAGCAUAUCCUCCAGCAGGUUACUCCCUUCAGGGGCCCAGAGCACCACCAGAGAACGAUGCUCUUUCGGCCGACUAUGCAUUUGUUGGAGCGACUCCUCAAAUCAAUGUCGGGGGAGAGGAGGAGGCAAGAGAUCCGUGGCAGGACAGAGAUGAUGGGAAUAAUCUGAUCGGUGAACGCCAGAAAUGUGAUAAGAAAGAGUGGAGAGUUGAGGAUGGUCACUCCGCUGGAGUUUUCUCACCUCAGGCUAAGUCCAACCUCUCACAAACACACGUGCCGACAUACUCGCAGACACAUGCACGGACAGGGAUGAGCACACUUGUACAGGCGCAGUCAAAAUCCCUUUCACUGUCACAAAUCCAGGGAUCCUUACUGUCUGAUCAGAAAGGAACUUACGGAGACAGAGAGUGUCCAGGUUCAGUUGUGAAUAAAACUCCACAAACCGGCCUCUUCCACGAUCGUUUAAAUCUACAAACAAGGAUGAAGUUAGAAAUGGGCGGGAAGAUGGAAGAAAAAGCCAGAGUGAGAACUGAUGGAAAGAUAGAUGGAGCUGCAGAGGAAGCCAGUAAGAGUGAGACAGUGGCCCUUCUUUCUGCUUAUUCGUCCCAGAAUUUGCCCACUUCCCUCGCCGACCAAUCAGAUUUCAUACCAAAUGAAUGUGGUUUCUUGAGUGUUGCUACAGCUCACAAUAUAGUGGAGGAGGAGGAGGAGGAGGAGGAGGGAAAUAUUUGUAUUAACUGGGACCCUAAAACUAGGAAACUUGUGUUUCCAGAGAUGGUGUUGGAUGGGUUUAUGUGGGCAGAGGAAGGGAGCGAGAACCGGAUGGGGGGAGAGGAGGUGCACGCAGCGAAGGGGGGGCUGAAGUUGGAGAAUGUGUUUGUCAGACAAGGGUCCGAAGAAGCGGCGGAGGCGCUGAGAGAGAAGGAGCGAGGUGGGGAAUCAGGGUCGGACGGCGUGGAUGGUGUUUUGUCCAAAUGGAACUUGGUAAUCUCAAUGGAUCAGUAGAUGAUAUUCAUCACUAUAUUUACACCGUUGUUACAAAAAAAACAUCUUCUGCUGCACUUAUCCAGUUAAAUUUAAUAUGAUAGAAAAAUAAAUCAUGCAAAUAUCAUAAUGCAAAACCAUCAACUAUCACUUUUACUUUGAUUAGUAACUUUUAUAUGUUGCUGCGUUAUGAUCAUGAACUAAAGUUUAUUGAUUUACAAGUCACACUUUUAAUACUUAUGAAGUAACCUCACCGUGAUCCCCUCGAUUUUGAGCAAACUAUUAUUUGUAUCUUUAUUUGUUUAAUUGAUCAUCUACUAGACCAGUCGCCAUUUCCUCCCACUAUCCGGAAAUGAAGUUAAAUUAGAAAUGAGCUAAAAUAGAGCCAGAGUCUGCGCCGUAGCGCUUGGAGGACAGAGGUAUUUAGGUCACAUGCUCAACCAGUUGCGAUUCAAUCUGACAAUCAGAAGGUUUUCAGCCCAUUUUUAUCUAAAACCAAACUUGACAUAAAAAUAAGCGCUUGAAAAAAAACAUCAGUUUGAUAAGAACUACAUAAAAUGACAUAAACCACAUUUGAGAACAAUUCAUUUGAGGUGCACUUUGACUUUUCAAUUCGGCCCAUAUCCUAUCCAUUAACAAGGAAGAGGUGGGGUUGAUAUACUGCAGACAGCCAGCAGGGGCCAUCUUUAUACACAGUCCAAUCACCACUGCGUCAGAUCUCACCCAAGCAAAGCACUAAUCCACUGUUCGGUGAUGGUGUCAUGUUUCUCCAACAUCAAAAUACCUGGAGCACAACAACCCUAUGAAGAAACUCAAGUGUUUUCUAUUAGUUUUACAUUCUUAUUCUAUGUGACCAUGGUUUACCUUGACAAUACUGCUAAGAAGUAGUAUAGUUCAGCAUUAGUCCGUCGCUGGUUUAGUUUCAGGUAACGCACCUAAAGCGUUCUUGAUGAAACACCUUGUUUGCAUGCUGGUGGUAUACUGGGCUGAAUUAAUAUAUUAUUAUGUAUUUUGUUAUUUUUUGAAGGAAAUGCUGAUGAUCAGAGGAAGAUGAAGUUUUAUCUCUGUUAUUAUCGUGUUGAUGUACAUUGAUGAAGAACAGAUUUAUAGCACUUUUAUCUAAUGUAGGUUUUAUAUGAAUAAUGAAGCUGCCUGACCCACACCAUGUGACGAUAUUUUCUGUACUGGAAAAAGGGAGGCUCAGUCAAUAUUAGUUUGCUACAUUAGCCUUUGUUACUUCUUUGAACAUAUAAUCUGCAGAAGGAAUAUUGAUAGCAUCACUAUAUCACUUGUCGAUUUUCAGUUUGAUAUAUUUGAUGCUCUCACAUUGACACGUUACUGAUUUCAUUAUUUGCUUCUGCCACUUCAAUGCUGUUCCUCUUCCAUGCUGAUACAUGAAGUAUGUUGUAAACAUUGACGCUGAACUCGAACCACAUCCACUCAGCAAUGGUCUGUGUUACAUAUUUGUAGUGUAAAACCUCCUUUGUAGAGUGGUGACCUGCCAGUUGACAGAAAGGGGGGAUUCUGAGGCAACACAGGUUAUCUGCAAUGUGAUGGUUAGUUUGAUGCCGUGCAUUAAGUCGUAUCUGUACCAUUUCUUAAAAUGGCUCUACUCUGGGAAAUCAAUUAGGGAUGUUUUCUGUCAUAAUUCUGUAUCUUGUACAACAAGUAUUUUGUAAAUUCAAAAGAAAUAAUAAUAAAGUGAACUUGUUAUAUCUUCUCUG